AUGGGUGUUUCACUUUGAUUUUCGCCUCCCAAUAGCUUAUGAUUCUUCCGAAUUUGACUCGCCUUGACCCCUCUUAAUAGGCAUAUUUCCACAGUUACAACCCCUUUUCACUGUAUAAUCCUUGCCGUUUCACCACCUUUCUUGCGGGAAAUAAUUUCGCACGCAAAGAAAGUUUCACACGCAAUUAUAUUUACUCUUACAAAAUAAACCCAAAACCUAAACAUGUCCGCCACAGUCACCCAAUAUAUAAAAUGUGAAACCACUCAACAAAUUCCACUAGGCAUCUUUAUUACAAUUACUUUCGUACCACAAGAUGUACGUGGCACUCAUCAGAAAAAUUAAGCUUGUGACUACAGCAAAAAAUGUACAGUAUUUAUGUACAAAUAUAACCGUUUAAUUAAUCGUUAUAGAUGUGGAUGAAUGUUCCAGAGGAUUGCACAAUUGUGGCCGUAAAACGCAAUGUAUCAACACUAUUGGGAGUUUUUCAUGCAGAUGUAACCAUGGUUAUACUGGAAACGGUGUGACUUGCACCGGUAGGUGAUGCAAUCUGGCAAGUCAGUACUUCAAUGAUUUCGUGCUUUUUUCUUCAUUUCUUUUAUUUGUAUAUAGACAUCGAUGAAUGUUCCUUAUCUAUUGACAACUGUCACCAAAACUCAAGCUGCAUCAACACUUAUGGAUCUUUUUCCUGCAGUUGUGAUAGUGGAUAUUAUUGGAAUCGGACAAUUUGCGAAGGUAAAAAUUUGCAAUAUUACAUGUAAAAGAUAAAUUUCCAUUAUUGUAAUUAAGAAAGUAACUGUCUACAAAAUUAUUUUGACAUAUUUUAGAAUUUUGAGACAUUAUUGUACAUUUUCCCCAAUUAUUGAAUUUAUACUUGCAAUUAUGAUUAAAUACUGUUUAUGACUUUUUAUAUAUUACGGUAUAUUUUGAUAGAUCUCUCAUUAAGAGUUUGUUUUAAUAUAUUGUAUACCAUUAAUUUCUUCUGAUAUUUAUAGUUUGCCGACAGGGUUGAAGAAAAAUUUUUUUGCCCAGGGAAAACUUGUGGUAACUGGAUUUAAUUCUUUUUGCAGCGAUAUCUCUCAGGUUACAAGGCCCAUCAAGUGAACGUGGUAAAGGCCGUGUGGAAGUAUUCUACAAGGGACAAUGGGGAACAGUAUGUGAUGAUGGUUGGGAUAUAAAGGAUGCUGCAGUUGUAUGUCGUCAACUUGGUUAUCUAAAUGCUUUUGCAGCUCUUGGAGGGAGCUCUGUUCCCGAUGGUUCUGGCAAGAUUUGGUUAGACGAUGUUAAAUGUAAUGGGAGCGAACUAAACUUGACCAAAUGUGCACACAACGGGUGGGGAAGCCAUAAUUGCGGGCACGGUGAAGAUGCUGGGGUUGAAUGUUCUUCAACAGGUAAAUUAACUAUAAUUUAUAUACAUAUAUUUAUAUGUUUAUAUAAAGUUGAAAAUGUUCUUGGGUGUGUAUUUCUUAAUUUCCAGACGGCGCGCAAGCAGAAAGAUAUUGCCUGCCGCGGCUGGGUUUUGAAUCCGCGUCCUUCGAAAUACUAGAUCGACGCUCUACCAACUGACACGCUCAGACGGAUUUUAAUUAAGACAAGAAAUUAUGAAUUAACAUACUCGUUUGUAUUAAUUCAACGCCGAACAAGACUGGUUCUGCAAGUGUCCGUAUAUGUUAUGUUGUGUCAAUGCCCACUUCGCAACAUGAUGUGUAUUUAUAUAUGUAACAGAUGGGAAAUUUGUCGUCGCUAACCAAAAAAUCGCGGGCAGAAACAAAGCUCCAUUGCAUUUACAUUCAAAACAAAGCAGAAAGUUGACAAGAAGCUGUUUUAGCUGACGAUAUUUUGCUUUCCAUUCAACGCUUUACGAAUUAACGGUCAUUCUUUUAAAAAUCGAUCAUGAAUUCCUUGUUUUCGGAUGAUUUUUUUUGUAAUCGAGUGAUUGGAAGAAGUGAAUAUGGCGAGGUGAACAUGGGAGUAAAUACCGUAUACGUCGAGCUGUGGCUUGUUUAAAACCGUAAUAAACGAAGAAAAACGUGAUUUGAGAAUGAAAUGUAAGUUGAAAUUAACUUUAUAUGCCUCAAAUUUUCCAUCCUAUCUUUCUUAAUGUAACUUCAGCUCUCUAAGUUCAAAUAGGCAACUUGCAUGUUACCAAAGCAUCAUGGGUAAAAUGGUAACCUUCACUUGCGCGCGAAAUGGCCGCCGUGGAGCGAGCAUUUUUCAUGUGAGAAAUAUAGUUUAUUUUUAACACUUUUUUCGUAACGUUUGAAAAUUUUAAAACAAGGGAAAACUUUGUAAUGCUAUAAAGUUUGUUUUGACUCAAGUACAGCGAAAUCGAACCGAAAAUGGACGAGAAAAUUCCUGUAGAAGAACUGAGGAGCGAACAGUGUGCUCAUAAAUACGUUCCAGGAGGAAGGGCCUUCCCAACGUUUUAAGGUGAGCGCGCUUAGUAAACAUCGGACAACUCACCAUUUUAACCUACAAAUUUGUGUGCGUUGUUUCUUGAUGUAUAUCUCGUAUUUUGACAACGAUCGAGUGUUUCCUGCCGAUUUUUUCGCUUGUUGAAAUCGACUAAUUUAUGACAAAAUGUCUGUCGAUCGUUCGAUCAGCAUGGCGCUCAAACACAAUGUUUUAAAGAGACCUUAAAAUGUUUUGGCGCGAACUAAAAGCAGUUCAAACCGGUUUUUCUGCCCCGGCUCCGUUACUUUGUAAAAACGCCAAAGAGAAAUCAUUUUGCCUCUGUUGUCGCUUAUUUUACUGCUUCCUUUGUUGUGGUCGCUUUAUUUCCUGUCAAAAUAAACAAGUAGGUUUUUAGUAUUAAAAUAUUAGGCUUAAAAUAUAUUAAAUUCGUAGUUAUAUUAACGUAGGAAAAACCGUUUUAAAUUUGCAUUUAAGGUAGUAGAAUAUAAUAUAGUCAAUUUUUAAAAUUUAGUUAUUUAUAGUAAAUUUAGGUAUUUUAAUCUUCAGGCAGGCCCUAAGGAUUAAAUUUGUAAAUAGUGAAAUAAAUAAUUAAGGUAUAGGUUUAAAUAAUAUAAAGUUUUUGAUGGAUAUUGAGCCGGGUACUUCAUCGGAGGCAGAUAAGUAUUUGGCAGCAUUGGGGGAUGGUUGGACAAAGAGUUUAAAGUUUAUUCCUGGAUUCUCGUACAAAAGAUUGGAGGACCAUUUGGUACUAGAAGCAAAAAAAAACACCUGAUGGCAAGCCUGCUGAGACAUUGAAGCACAAGAAAAGUGGAUACAAACUAUUUAAAGCUGGUUAUCCAAGGCAGAUUAUGGUGAAAUCCAAUGUAAAGAAAGGAAAUGAAGCAGUUCAUUUUUUUGUACGGUGCCAUGUAAAUGCAGAAAUGAAGAAAAAACAGUACCUUGUUUAUGUCCACCUUCAUCAACAUUCAGGAGAUAUUGCCUAUGCAAAAUGUUACUGCCCUGCUGGCGCUGGUGGCUGUUGUAAACAUGUGGCAGCUACUUUGUAUCAGCUUCUCGAUUACAUUGAACUUGGACUCUCAGAUAUACCAGAUGAUAAAACCUGCACCCAGGAAUUACAAAAGUGGCAUGUCCCUAGAAAGAACACAACACAAGCAGCUCUGCUUUUCGAGGACCUCAUUUUCCCCCAGGAUUCGUAUUAUAAGGACAAAAAAGGACGUAAACGCCCAAUACCAGAAGGGAAGAGGGAGGACUACUGCUCAACAAGAGAGAAGGUGUCAAAGGAUGACUUGGAACGGCUUAAAACUAGCUUGGAAAAAGCAGGAAGCACUUGUCAUUUGGUUGGUAUCCUAGGCAACACCAAUUGUGAACCUUGUGACAGCGCAUAA